AAGCGGGGAGGAAAUUUGUUGUGGCGGUGAGGAAGAGGAAGCCCCGAAGGGUCAAAAGGAAUACAAAAGCAAAGUCCGCUGCUUGCUUUAAACCGUUGUUCUUUCAGUCUUUCUGACCUAUUUUUUUAAGAGCGAGCGGCCUUGGCGGCGGCGGUUUGAGUUAGACGCCGCGGAGGUGAGGGAGGCUCUCCUCCCGUGCUCUGGGAGUGCUGGAAUUACAGGUGUGAACUACCACACCCAACCUACAUGGUUGUAGUUAUUGACUGUAAGACGGUUUUAAUCCUUGAGAGAGCUGAAUGUUCUUUUGGAGAAGAAAUAUUCUGACUAUUAUACAGAGAAUUGAACUCAGGUCAUCAGGCUUGGCAGCAGACACCUUUACUCUCUGAGGCAUUUGACUAACCUGGAUUUUGAGGUCUGUCCCCUCCCUGCUGUACAGACUGGGAUUGACUAAGACUCCUUGAGGCCCUGAGAUUCUCCGUUAGAAUCUGUGUUGGAGAUUUUUCCCCCCGCAGACUGUUCCAUUAUGGAUGGAGGAGAUGAUGGUAACCUUGUCAUCAAAAAGAGGUUUGUGUCCGAGGCAGAGCUAGAUGAGCGACGCAAAAGGAGGCAAGAAGAGUGGGAAAAGGUUCGAAAACCAGAAGAUCCACAAGAAUGUCCAGAGGAGGCUUAUGACCCCCGGUCUCUGUACGAACGGCUCCAGGAGCAGAAAGACAGGAAGCAGCAGGAGUAUGAGGAACAGUUCAAAUUCAAAAAUAUGGUAAGAGGUUUAGAUGAAGAUGAGACCAACUUCCUUGAUGAGGUUUCUCGUCAGCAGGAACUGAUAGAAAAGCAGCGACGAGAAGAAGAACUGGAGGAGCUGAAGGAGUACAGAAGUAAUCUCAACAAGGUUGGAAUUUCUGCAGAAAAUAAAGAAGUAGAGAAGAAGCUGGCUGUGAAACCCAUAGAAACCAAGAGCAAGUUCUCCCAGGCGAAGCUGUUGGCAGGAGCUGUGAAGCAUAAGAGCUCAGAGAGUGGCAAUAGUGUGAAAAGACUGAAACCAGACCCCAACCCAGAUGACAAGGCUCAAGAGGCUCCAUCCUGCGUGUCUCUUGGAAGCUCUUCUCUGAGUGGCCCCUCCAUCCACUGCCCAUCUGCUGCUGUCUGCAUCGGCAUCCUCCCGGGCCUGGGUGCCUACUCCGGGAGCAGUGACUCCGAGUCCAGUUCAGACAGUGAAGGCACCAUCAAUGCUACAGGGAAGAUCGUCUCCUCCAUCUUCCGAACCAACACCUUCCUCGAAGCACCCUAGCUCCUGACAUUACCAUAGGAAGCGUCUCCCCAGAGGGUUAAAUGCCUGUUCUGACUCAGCAUCACCUCCCUCAGAAAACUUCUUCACCUGCUUCCUGUGCACAUGUGACAUUCUAACCUAACCUAGAAUUGUGCCAGAGUCUGCUUGUGGCUCAGACUCUGCUUGGUUUCUCUUUGUGUUCCAGUGCAGAUGACCAAACCUGUCCCAGCGAUAGGAGUUGGGGUUCAGGCAAGUCUCAGAAAUGCCACUGGUGGUGCAAGGGUUCACCGUACCUUGUUUUCCUGUUUUUCUCCUUUCCUAGUAGCACAGGAAGCAUUGUCUUGAUACACUAUUGUAGGUGAAUGGGCUGCUUGGUUCUGCCAUGUUGUGUGUGGCAUAGAGAAGGGCAGACUAGCUGCUGACCUGAGUUAUGCCCUAGGUCUGACCCUUCCUGGAUGUUAUGUGACUAAAGAUUGCAAACCACACCCACAAGGCUAUGAGCCAACCACAGCCCUUGAGGUGAUGUUCUUCCAUGUUGUUAUUCCCCCCUCUCCAGCCUGCGGAGGUAGGAAGGAGCUGGAAAGGAUGACAUGUCCAUCUUCUGCCCACCUUCUCUCCCUGGAAAACUGUUUUGAUUUUGUUUUUGAAAUAAAGAAUUUAGUUUAAGAUUCUAAA